AAUUUAGAUGAAGUGGUACCGACAUGACGACAACGUUCGCCACAUGCGGUGUAUUAAUCUGUGCCCUACUGGUUGCUGCAGUUGAAGUUGCUGUUCGUAAAGUUGGUCUCAGAGCGCAUUCCUUGGGUGUACAGUACCUUUAUGAAGGUAGCACUAAAGUGAUCUUUCUUCUAUAUUUCGCAAGUAGCUCUUUUGUUCUAGGAAGAAGAUGGCGAUGAUGGCAAAAAGGAUUUAAAAAAACAUGUUUAAUUUAUAUGGUAGUAUAAGCUUCUAGUAGUAAAAUUAUAUUUAAAGAAUCGUGCAUUCCUACAAA